GUACAUCCUGCUCCAAGAAGAGGGAAGCGUAAAGGCAGGAUCGUCCCCAGGAAACGUUGCUCCAGGUGCCUGUCUGUCUUAUGUCCACUCGGGAAUUGGUGUCCGUGAAGAAUGACGUCAAGAGGGGCUGGCACUGCCUUCUCAAGGAAGAACUACAGGCUGAGCACGGAGCCGGAGAAGUCCAAGGUCACAGGGAUUGUGAACAGCAGGCUGCUGAAUGAUUAUCUGCAUCGUGUCUUCACCAGUGCUGAUGGGGUCCAGCCUGCAGCUGCUUACAGAAAGCAUCUGACGUUCCAGAACCUGCAGGAACACCUUGACCGAUUGCUAGCAGAGGAAAAUGGCUUUGAAGACGGUCGAGAUCAGGCAGCCGAGGGCCGGCUCGGUCCCUCUCCUGUGGUGCUGGACCACACAAGCGGUUUUGAGGGGCUCCUGCUGGUUGAUGAUGACUUACUUGGGGUGAUUGGCCACAGUAACUUCGGCUCCAUCAGGGCCACGACGUGCGUAUAUAAAGGGAAAUGGAUCUACGAGGUGCUCAUCUCCUCCCAGGGACUCAUGCAGAUUGGCUGGUGUACGCUCAGCUGCAGAUUUAAUCAGGAGGAAGGAGUUGGAGAUACACCAGAUUCCUACGCUUACGAUGGAAACAGGGUGCGCAAGUGGAACGUGACUACUACCAACUACGGCAAAUCUUGGGCAGCAGGUGACAUUGUCAGCUGUCUGAUAGACCUUGAUGAGGGCACCAUUGCCUUCUGCUUGAACGGCAUAUCUCUGGGAACCGCUUUCGAUAACAUCACCAGGGGUGCUGGAAUGGCUUAUUUCCCUGCCAUCAGCCUGUCGUUCAAAGAGUCUGUUGCUUUUAACUUCGGCAGCCGCCCGCUCCGCUAUCCAGUGGAAGGCUACCGCCCCUUGCAAGAUCCUCCUGUUGCAGACCUCCUGAAGGCUCGCAAGCUCUUGGGCUACCUGAAGAAUGUGAUCCAUAUCGGGAUAGAUGUGACUGAAGGGAAGCUGGUGGAGAAGGACACGUCCGUGUGGCAGCUGCAGGGAGAACCCACAGUGCUGAUUACGUUAGCCCACAUCUUCAAUUACUUUGCCCCUCUUAUGUGCAAGGUGUACCUGGUCGAAGAUGUGCUCAUGACCUUCCUGUUGAGUAUCCUGGAGCGAGGAGGAGCAGUGGAGGCCCAUCCCCUUAUCCAGCAAUUGCUGGAUCUCAUGUGGCUUCUCAUGGAGGAGUAUGAAGUGCAUGAGUGCCUCAAGCAGUUACUGAUGUCCCUGCUACGGGCUUACAGGUUCUCCCCCAUCAUCCCAGACCUGGGAUUACAAAUUCACUACCUCCGUCUCACUAUUGCAGUCCUGAAGCAUGAGAAAUCCAGGAAAUACCUACUCAGCAAUGUUCUCUUUGAUGUACUCCGUUCGGUUGUGUUCUUCUACAUCAAGAGCCCUCUACGUGUGGAGGAGGCUGGUUUGCAGGAGCUCAUUCCCACCACGUGGUGGCCAAAUCGCUUCACCAAAGAGGGCAAGGAGAGUAAGGAAGUGAAGGAGGAGAGCUCCGAAGAGAGGCUGAGGCGGCGGGCAUAUGAAAGAGGCUGCCAGCGGCUCAAGAAACGCAUCGAAGUGGUGGAAGGUCUCCAGGUUCAGAUUCUGAAGUUGCUGCUCAACAAUAAAGACAGAGGAGGGGGGGAAGCCUCCAGAUACAUCUUCCUAAACAAAUUCCGCAAGUUUCUUCAGGAAAAUGCUAGCAACAGAGGGAACUUGACCGUGCUGUGCCCUCCGGAGUACAUGGUGUGCUUCCUGCACCGGCUCAUCGCCGCCCUGCGCUUCUUCUGGGAUGGACACAAGACGAAGAGCCCUGCCGCCCUGAGCAGCGAAGAGGCAUAUGUCCCUCCUCAGCUCUUCUAUAAUGGGAAGGUGGAUUAUUUCGACCUGCAGCGACUUGGAGGUCUGCUGUCUCAUCUCAAGAAGACUCUGAAAGAUGACCUGGCUGCAAAGGCCAAUGUCGUGAUUGACCCUGCAGAGCUGCAGGCAGUUACUAUGGAUGAUCUUGAUGAAGACGAGGAAUCAGCAAUGUCAGCAGCCCAGUCUCAGCGUCCUUCUGCUGCGCUGGCCAUCGGUGGGGCUCUGGCGAGACCCGGCUGGCUCAGCUCCCCCACACUGGGCCGUGCCAACCGUUUCCUCAGCACCGCAGCCGUCAGCCUGAUGAACCCGCGGCGGCCGCUCGGCGCCCUCGAGAAGAUCAAAGUGCGCACGCUGAGCGUGGAGCAGCGCACGGAGGAGGACAUUGAAGGCAGCCAUGGAAAUGAGGGUCUCUUACUGGGCAGACCCCCAGAGGAGCCGGAGCAGCCCAUCACAGAGAACUCCCUCCUGGAAGUCUUGGAUGGGAUAGUGAUGAUGUACAACCUCAGUGUCCACCAGCAGCUUGGGAAGAUGGUUGGUGUGUCAGAUGAUGUGAAUGAAUACGCUAUGGCAUUGAAAGACACAGAGGAAAAAAUCAGCCGUUGCCCAAAGAGGAGGAGAGACAUCCAUGAAGAACUGCUGAAGAGCCAGAAGGUGUUCUCUGAGAAGCUCAAUCACCUAAGUCGUCGCCUUGCCUGGAUCAAUGUCACCAUCUAUUCAAAGGAGAAGAUGCAGGACAUAUACUGGCUGCUGCGUGUGUGCAUCCGCACCAUCGAGCACGGCGACAGGACAGGCUCGCUUUUUGCUUUCAUGCCCGAGUUCUACCUCAGCGUGGCUAUGAACAGCUACAGUGCACUCAAGAACUACUUCAGCCCGGUCAACAGCAUGGAGGAACUUCCAGGCUACGAAGAGACCCUGAUGCGCCUUGCUGCCAUCCUGGCCAAGCACUUUGCCGACUCAAGGAUCGUGGGCACGGACAUCCGAGACUCCCUGAUGCAGGCGCUGGCCAGCUAUGUGUGCUACCCCCACUCCCUGCGAGCUGUUGAGAGGAUCCCAGAGGAGCAGCGAAUCUCCAUGAUGAGGAACCUCCUGGCUCCCUACGAGCAGCGGCCCUGGGCGCAGACCAACUGGAUCCUCGUGAGGCUGUGGCGGGGCUGUGGCUUCGGGUACAGAUACACACGGCUCCCACACCUGCUGAAAACCAAGCCUGAGGAUGCCAGCCUCCCUAGCCUGCAGAAGCCGUGUCCCUCCACCUUGCUGCAGAGGCACAUGGCCGACCUGCUCCGCGGCGACCGCGACUUGGCUCCCAGCUUCCUCAACAGCGUCCUCAACCAGCUGAACUGGGCUUUCUCCGAGUUCAUCGGCAUGAUUCAGGAGAUCCAGCAGGCAGCGGAGCGCUUGGAAAGGAACUUUGUGGACAGCCGCCAGCUGAAGGUGUGUGCCACGUGCUUCGACCUGUCGGUGAGCUUGCUUAGGGUGCUGGAAAUGACCGUCACGCUGGCGCCCGAGAUCUUUCUCGACUGGAAUCGCCCAUCAUCAGAACUGCUGCUCCGGAGGCUUGCCCAGCUCUUGAACCAGGUGUUGAACCGUGUGACAGCAGAAAGGAACUUGUUUGACAGAGUGGUCAACCUCCGUCUGCCCGGGCUGGAGAGCGUGGAUCAUUACCCGAUCCUUGUGGCUGUGACAGGGAUACUGGUCCGACUGCUUGUGGACACCGAUGCUCAAGGGAAGACCACGUGCUUGUUGGCGCUGGCCUUGCGGCUGGGCCCCUCGGUGGCUGGCGGCGUGGCGCUGAGGAUGGAGGACUGGGCGCUGCACUCCUGCGGAGGGCUCCGCGGGGCCGCCUUCCUGCCGCAUUUCAGGCAGCGGCACGGCGUAGAGGCCGUUGCGGAUGUUCUCCGGCAGUGCUGCAAGCUCCUCCACGGGGAUGCUGCUCAGGUUGCUGCUGGAGAGGUCCAGCGUGCGCAGGCUGUAGUUGCCAAGGCCGUGCACGGAGCGGAAGGGGAAAUGCGUGAGGUUAUUCCAGCUCAGGUACACUUUCCGCAAGCCGCUCAGCUUGGCAAAGGCGUUUUCAUCGACCCGGGCGAUCCAGUUGUUGUAGAGCAGCAGCUCCUCCAGGCUCAGCAGCGCAGCAAAGUAGUGGCUCUUGAUGGCGCGCAGGCGGUUGGAGGACAGGUCGAGGUGCCGCAGGUGGGAGGCAUUGCGGAAGGCCUGCGCGGAGAGGUCCCUGAUGUGGUUGUGGCUCAUGUGGAGGGCCUCGAGGUGCGGCAGGGCGGCCAGCCAGCCGUCGGGGAGCUGCGUGAGCACGUUGUGGCUGAGGUCCAGCGUGCUCACGGUGCGGGGCAGCGCGCGCGGGACCUGCUGCAGCGCCCGCUGGCUGCAGCUCAGCAGGUCGGAGGUGCAGAUGCAAACAGCCGGGCAGGUGCGGGGGACCUGGCCACGCACCCACAGCGCCAGCAGGCGCCGCAGAUUCGCCAGCCACUCUCCAGGGCGCCCAGCCUGGCCUGGCCCCUUGCUGACCCCCUGGCGCUUCCUCCGCAGCCCACGAGCGAGGAAGACCUGUGCCCCAUCUGCUACGCACACCCCAUCUCGGCCAUCUUCCGGCCCUGCUCCCACAAGUCCUGCAAAGCCUGUAUCAACCAGCACCUGAUGAACAACAAGGACUGCUUCUUCUGCAAGGCCACCAUCACGGGGGUGGACGAUUUCACCAAGCCCCCCAGCUCGUAGCCCCCAGCCCCACUCCCCGGGCCCGCCUGG